CGUGGGGUUUGCCCGGCCUCCGGGGGUUCCGCUAGCGGCGCCUGCCGCGGCUGGGCCGCCGCCGGGCUGCCACCAUGUUCACCAGCACCGGCUCCAACGGGCUCUAUAAAGCACCUUUGUCAAAGAGUCUGUUAUUAGUCCCAAGUGCCAUCUCGAUUCUGUUGACUCUGCUCUUCCAACAUUAUCAGAAGUUCUUUGCGUAUAACCUACAAGCUAUAAAAGAGGAUUUUCAGAUUUGGAGACUUGUAUGUGGGAGAGUGAUAUGCCUUGAUCUGAAAGACACAUUCUGCAGCAGCCUGCUCAUUUACAACUUCAGAAUAUUUGAAAGAAGAUACGGCAGCAGAAAAUUUUCAUCCUUUCUACUGGGUGCUUGGAUGCUGUCAGCUUUGUUUGAUCUUCUCCUUGUAGAAGCUGCUCAGUAUGUAUUUGGCAUCACCAUCAACAGCUUGCCUUCUGGUUUCUUGGGUCCCGUGUUUGCUCUGUUUGUACCGUUCUAUUGCUCCAUUCCAAGAGUGCAGGUGACACAAGUACUAGGCUUUUUUUCUAUUACAAACAAGACAUUGGUCUAUAUACUGGGUUUACAGCUCUUAACCUCUGGUUCCUACAUCUGGAUUUUAGCCUUAAGUGGAUUGAUUUCUGGGAUUUGCUACAAUAGCAGUAUAUUAAAAGUUCAUCGAAUUCUUUGUGUACCCAGCUGGGUAGCAAAGAUAUUUUCCUGGACUCUUGAACCAAUCUUCUCGUCUGCGGAACCAACGAAUGAAAUCCGAGUGGGAAUGGGAGCAACAGUCGACAUCCAGAGGCAGCAGAGAAUGGAGCUCUUGGAUCGACAAAUCAUGAUGUCUCAGGUUGCCCAAAUGAGGAGACAAAGGCAGCAGCAGGGUGGGAUGAUUAACUGGAAUAGACUGUUUCCUCCUCUACGUCAUAGACACAAUGAGAAUUACCAAGAUCAUCACCCAUCUGAUCAAGACACACCUCCACCUACUGAGGUUUCUGAAGAACAGGUUGCACGACUUAUGGAGAUGGGAUUUUCCAGGGGAGACGCUCUGGAAGCUUUGAGGGCUUCAAAUAAUGACUUAAAUGUAGCCACUAAUUUUCUACUGCAGCACUGAUGAUUAUGUGAGCGAUGAAGGAACUCUCCCCGUGGGUUUGUAUGCUCCCGAAGGGGACACAGCCACCUGCUGGACAGACUGAUGCAGGUCGGCCCUGCCGAGCCGGCAGGAAGGAGAAGUGGGCUCCGCGUGACUGCUUAGUGAAUGACGUGAGCUGUUCCCAAGCCUUCGAAUCAACCGGUGGUUUCUAUUCUGGUUAUCCUUUUCAAAGUAAAUUUAGUUUCUACUUAUUACUGGAUAUCACCUAAAUUUAUUUUUUAAAUAAAAUAGGUGGUUUUUUUCCUUGUAAAUCAUUGUUAGACACGUUAUCGAACUGAAUGACUACGAAAACAUGCUCCUACAACCACAACAACCAGAUUGACCCAUUAAGGAACGGUGUGCUUUCUUUGUUUGCCCGUCUGAUUUCUCUAGCUUACAUGUUAUGUUACAGUACUUGAUUUCUGACUGCAGUAAUAAGGUGUUCAACGGUCACUUCAUGUUCGACUCACUGAAGUGUUAUGAGAUUAUAAUGUCACUCCAGAAACUUUUAUUAAUGCCUGUAAUAUUUUGUUUCCUGAAUUCCUUUUUAAAUAAAAGUCGUCAUUCAGCACAUAAUAAUGCACAGAUAGGGUACAAGAAAAUUUAUAUGGCGUAUUACAAGCAAUGAUAAGUGACCACUGUACACUUAAAUUUUGCAAAUGGAGUAGAUUGCUGUUCAGACACAGGGCAUGAGGAUACUCACUGGAAGCAAUAAAGGUGAAUUGAAUGAGA